CGGCGGCGGCGGCUUCGGACGUGGCCAGAUAAGCUGGGGUCCUCGACGCCUCCCCGGGCCAUGUCUACAGAGAGCUCGCCUCUGCUCAGUUACCGGCUGUUCCGGGUGUCAGGGGAAGGAGAGAUGCCGGGGGCCACCCAGGAAGAGGCCCCCCUGGUGGUGGGUGGGGUGGGGUCAGGGGGGCCCCACCCUGACCCGGCCCGGCAGCUGUCCACCUUCUUCGGGGUCAUCGUGCCGACGGUCCUUUCCAUGUUCAGCAUCGUGGUCUUCAUGCGUGUCGGGUUCGUUGUGGGCCACGCGGGUUUCCUGCAGUCCCUGCUGAUGCUCGUGGUGGCCUACGUCAUCAUCUCCCUGACAGUCCUCUCUGUCUGCGCCAUCUCCACCAACGGGGCAGUGCAGGCCGGCGGGGCGUACUUCAUGAUCAGUCGGACGCUGGGCCCCGAAUUUGGCGGCAGUAUUGGGCUGAUGUUCUACUUGGCCAACGUCUGUGCCUGCGGCGUCUAUGUCCUGGGGCUGGUGGAAGCCAUCUUGGACGUCUUCGGAGCAGAUGGGUCGGACCCCCCCGGUGCGAAGGCCCUCCCGCAGGGCUACCUGUACAGCUUCCUCUACGGCUCCGUGGUGCUCCUGCUGUGCCUGGUGGUGUGCCUGGUGGGGGCCCAGAUCUACACCAAGGCGGCCUUCUUCAUCUUCCUGGUGGUCAACGUGGUCCUGGUCACCAUCUUCGCCAGCUUCUUCGCCGUGUCCCCCCGGGAGAUCCUGGUCUCCCGAGACGGCAACCACAGCUUCAACGCUUCCUUCACCGGCUUCAACGUCUCCACCCUCAAGGACAACAUGUAUGCCAUGUACUCUCGUGACUACACCACGAACAACAUGAUGUCCUUUGCCACUGUCUUUGCGGUCAUGUUCAACGGCUGCACAGGCAUCAUGGCAGGUUCCAACAUGUCAGGCGAGCUGAAGAACGCCAGCAGCUCCAUCCCCAAGGGGACCAUCGUGGCCGUGGUCUACACCUUCGUGAUCUACUUCUUCCUCUUCUUCAUGACCAGCUUCACCUGUGAGAGGACACUGCUGAAAGGUGACUACGGCUUCUUCCGCGCCAUCAACGUCUGGCCGCCCUUCGUGCUCAUCGGCAUCUAUUCCGCCUCUCUGUCGGCCUCCAUGAGCAACCUCAUCGGCGCGUCGCGGAUCCUGCACGCCCUGGCGAAGGACGACCUGUUCGGCCUGGUCCUGGCUCCGGCAAAGAUCGUGUCCAAAGGGGGGAACCCCUGGGUGGCAGUCCUCUACACCUGGGGCCUCGUGCAGCUGGUCCUCCUUGUCGGGAAGCUGAACACCAUCGCCGGCAUCGUGACCGUCUUCUACCUCGUGGCGUACGCCGCCGUGGACCUGGCCUGCUUGGCUCUCGAGUGGGCGUCUGCUCCGAACUUCCGCCCCACGUUCCAGGUCUUCUCGUGGCACACGUGCUUGCUGGGGAUCGUCUCCUGCCUGGUGAUGAUGUUCCUCAUCAGUCCAGCCGGCGCUUCUGGGAGCCUGGGCCUGAUGCUGCUGCUGCUGGCCUUCAUCCACCUGCGCUCAGCGGCUUCCUCCUGGGGCUACAUCAGCCAGGCCCUCAUCUUUCACCAGGUCCGGAAGUACUUGCUUCUCCUGGACAUCCGGAAGGACCACGUCAAGUUCUGGCGGCCGCAGAUUCUCCUCAUGGUGGCCAAUCCCCGGGGCGGAUCCCAGCUCAUGAAGUUCAUCAACCACCUCAAGAAAGGAGGCCUCUUUGUGCUGGGCCAUGUGGAGAUCGGGGACCUGGACUCCAUGCCCUCUGACCCCAUCCAGGCCCACUACAACUUCUGGCUGAGCCUGGUGGACAAGCUGAGCAUCAAGGCCUUCGUGGACCUGACGCUGUCGCCUUCAGUCCGCCAAGGGACUCAGCACCUGCUCCGGAUCACGGGCUUAGGAGGGAUGAAGCCCAACACGCUGGUCCUCGGCUUCUACGACGACUGCGUGCCCGAGGAUUACUUCCUGCAGGACCCGGCCUUCAGCCAGGCUCGGGAGAACGACGAGUUUGGGGUGGACCUGGCAGCCCUGCAGGCCCACUUCCCGCCCGUGAGGGAGGCGGCCAGCCAGCGGGCCCUGAGUCCCGCCGAGUACGUGGCCAUCAUCUCCGAUGCGGUGAAGAUGCACAAGAACGUGUGCCUGGCCCGCUACUUCCACCUGCUGGAGAAGGACCUGCCGCCCUCUGCCUCCGCCGCCUCCAUCGCCACCUCCCCCUCCUCCAAGCGGCGCCUGGAGGGCUGCUACAUCGACGUCUGGCCCCUGAACCUGCUGCGCCCCCACACACCCACCUACGUGGACAUCUGCAGCCUCUUCCUGCUCCAGAUGGCCUGCAUCCUCACCAUGGUCAGCUCCUGGAAGGCGGCCCGCCUCCGCAUCUUCCUCUGCGUGGAGUCCGGGGACGUGGGCUGGGUCAGCAAGGAGGAGAAGCUGCGGGAGCUGCUGACCAAGCUGCGGAUCAAGGCCACCAUCAAGAUCGUCACCUGGGACCAAGUGGUGGCCCUCCACGGCCCCCAGCGGCCGGCUGCCUCCAGCCCCGAGAGGCCGGCGGCGGCGGCGGAGACCUUCCUGAACGCGGCCACCUUCCGGGUGACGGACGAGUACUUGGCGUCCGUCAACGGCCUGCUGCAGCAGCAAGGGGGCCAGACGGCCGUGCGCUUCCUCUACCUCCCCCGGCCGCCCGCGGACACCUCCCAGCACGAGCGCUAUCUGGAGCAGCUGGAAAUCCUGACCACGGGCCUGGGGCCCACCUUGCUGAUCCACGGGCUGACGCCGGUCACCUGCACAGAGCUCUGAGGGACCUGCCCCCACGGGGGGAUGGAAAG